AUGACCACCUUUGACAAUGAGAAAGCUACUGAACAAGCUUCGAUAGCAAAUAAUGAUGCUAGUUAUCGUCUGGAUGCUCACUAUGCACCACAUCCAGAUUAUGAAGGUGCUCAUCGCUACGAUACAUCGGCUACGUGGACUGUCAAGGAGGAAGCAAGUCUUGUUCGUCGCAUUGAUUUUCGUAUCACUGUAUGGGCAUGUGUGCUCAUCUGUGCAAUGCAACUCGAUCGUGGUAACAUUUCUCAGGCCAAUUCAGAUAAUUUUCUAGGCGAUAUCAAUAUAACGACAAAUGAAUUCAACUAUGGUCAAUCGAUAUACAUUGGCUGUUUUGUCUUGGCUGAAUUGCCCUCGCAACUGAUUAGUAGACGUGUUGGACCAGAUCGAUGGGUUCCUAUGUUAGUUAUGGGAUGGUCUCUGGUAGCCAUGUGCCAGAGUCUCGUUCAUGAUAAAAUCUCUUUUUACAUAACACGUAGUUUUAUGGGCCUUCUCGAAGGUGGUUUUGUUCCAAUAGCGGUUUUAUACUUAUCCUAUUGGUAUAAGACUUCCGAAUUACCAACACGUCUGUCCUUCUUUUGGGUGGGCAAUUAUGCCACAAAUAUUGUCUCGUCAUUUCUCGCCUUAGGCAUUUUAAAACUACGUGGUCAUCGAGGUUGGCCUGGAUGGAAGUAUUUAUUUUUGAUUGAAGGUACAUUGACAUUCUGUGUUGGUGUUUUUACCUGGUUCUAUUUGCCGGCAUCACCAACGCAGACGCGAAAUCGAUUUAGAAAGAAUGGUUGGUUUACAGAGAAGGAGGAAAUCAUUUUAGUCACAAGAGUUUUACGAGAUGAUCCAUCCAAGGGUGAUAUGAGUCAUCAAAAAAUGAUAAGUCCGCGAGAACUUCUUCGAUCUCUGUACGACUAUGAUAUUUGGCCCUUGUAUAUUCUCAAUCUCAUGCAAUACAUUCCAAUGACUCCUCAAUAUACUUAUUUAACGUUGAACUUACGUGCUCUCGGCUUUUCCACAUUCGAAACGAACCUAUUAACCAUGCCGGUCUAUGUGAUGAUUAUUGUACAACUUUUGCUUACAACACGCAUAGCUAAAUGGAUCAAAGGACAGCGCACAUUCAUUUCUAUGUCAGCACAAUUCUGGUCUCUUCCAUUUCUCAUCACAAUGAUCACUUUACCCGACAGUACAAAUCAUUGGGUUAAAUAUGGUAUCACUGUUGGUCUUCUUUCCUAUCCCUAUCCACAAGCCAUAUUUGCUGCAUGGACAUCAGAAAACUCGAAUUCCGUACGAACACGAGCAGUUUCAAUAGCGAUAAAUAAUAUCAUGGUGAAUUUGGGAUCGAUUGCUGGCUCGAAUAUCUAUCGAAAGGACGAUGCACCCAAUUAUCGUCGUGGAAAUUUAGUGUGUCUCGUGAUUUUGAGCAUUAACAUUGUCCUAUUUCUUGUAACAAAAAUUUAUUUUAUACUACGCAAUCAAUAUCAUCGAAGACGGUGGAAUGCGAUGACAGUACAAGAACAGGAUGCAUAUUUGGCAGCCAAUAAACACUUGGGCAAUAAGCGAUUUGACUUUCAAUUCGCUCAUUGA